AUGGCGUGCGGCACGGGAAAAACGCGAGUUAUCCGGGAGCUGGCUCAGAACGUCUCCGGCAAGGUGUUGAUCACAGUGCCUUCGCGCUUGUUGCUGGAGCAGUUUGCGGCAGAUUUCCCCAGCUUCUGCAAGGUGGGGACGGGCUACAACAAGCACAUCAACAGGUGUGCUUCUGGCUUCAUCGCGGUGACGAACUCUGUAAAUCUUCUCCAAGAUUGUGGAACCAAAGUCGUAUUCGUGGAUGAGGCUCACCAUCCGUUGCCUUCGGAUCUGCCUGAAUGUGAGGAGCUCUUCCUUUUCUCAGCAACUCAUUCGAUGAAGACAGACUAUGAAUAUGGCAUGGGACAAGCUAUCCAGGAAAGGGUCCUGUGCGACUACGAUCUCACAGUACCGAUGAUCACCGAGGGUCAUCCAUAUUCGAGCCUUGCGAGGCUUCUGCAGUCGAGCCAGGGUCGCUUCAGGAGGGUGCUGGCAUAUUGCAACUCUGUGGCUGAAGCUCAGCGCGCACAGCAGAUCUUCGCGACAUUUGGCAUAGCUGUCUGGCACAUCAACUCAGAGACGAGUCGUCUCAAGAGGCAACGUGUCAUUCAAGAGUUUUCGGGCGACUUGCAGCGACCCGUUCACGUCCUUGUGACAGUGCAGGUGCUGGGCGAAGGCGUGAACAUCCCCAACGCAGAUACCUGCAUGUUCGUGCAGCCACGCAACAGCUACACCAGCAUAGUUCAAGCAGUUGGGCGUAUCUUGCGACUGCAUGUUUGCAAACCCAUGGCACAUGUCAUUCUUCCAGCAGUGUCAUUGUUCUCCGUGGAACCUCCAGUUGCUUUGGAGUCGAACGGCAUUCCGGUCAGUUGUGGAGGAGGUGGCUUGUCAAAACAGGAUACUCUCCGGAGCGUCUCCAAGACUGAAACGCGAGCUGAUCCUGAAUUUGCUGCAGUGCGGUGUGAGAACCUCCAAGCGAGGGUUCGUGCCACAGAACCGACAUCUGAUAUUCUCGGUCAGCCCAAGAAGCCGGGCAGCAGUGGUAGAACGGCAAGUGCAGAAGUCGUUGCCUUCCCUUGCGUAGCCGAGAGGCAGAGGCGAAGCUUUCGUCACGCAAGUGCUGCUUCAGAAAAUGUAAUUCUGGGCAACAGAGUUCGUCACGGCGCUGGUCCUGAAACCGCUCUCUCCAAACGCCAGAAUUGCAGGCCGCCUGUGAAACAAGGCGUCAAAGCUGGCAACGUCAUCAAGCGCAGGGUUCUCCAAAGUGAGGGGUUGAAGCUCUCUGGCGCCAUGCGUAUGCAGAUGGAUGACCCGUACGAUUCACAGCUCGAGCGUUUUUUGUCCGUCAUCGCUCAUGCUGACAGCGGGCUUGCCAGUAGCUCCUUGCGCUUCCGUCUAAGCUUUGCAGACUGCAGAGCCUCGGCAAAUUCCAACAUCAUGAGCAUCACUCAGGAAGUCAUGUGCAGACUAGAGACUCUGCUGAAUAACCGGGGUCCCUGGGAUGAUCGCUUUGAAGAGUUGCAAAGCUUCGUUCAACGGUUUGGGCGAGUUCCAACGCACUCGGACAAGGAGCAUAGGUCGCUGUUCUAUUGGAUUAAGAACACCGGGGCGAAAUCGAAAGCGGGCAGGUUGCCAGCGCACAGGCUCCAAAAGUUUCUCGACUCGCCGUUCCUUGCCAUACGCCAGCGAGCGGCUACCUGGCACGACCCCGCAAUCAGUUUCAGGAGUUAUUGCAAACGAUUGCGGGACUAUGUCUUGAAGUUCCAGGUCGUUCCAAGGACACCCUCGCUUCAUGAUGCUGAAGGCAAGACUUUGGCAGUGUGGCUGCAAGGUCAAAGGAGAACAGUGAGAACACUGCUCCACAGCAGCUUCAGUAAAUCGCGGUCAGACGGAGCUUUCAAGAGAGAUGCGCUCGCAGCUCUGCAUCCCCUGGUUGCCGACUGUGUCGAAUCAUGGAACAAGCCCAUAAGCUUGAGGUCUCGAAAAGAGUCAGAAAAACGAUGGAGAGAAGUUCUCGCAUUUGUCAGCCGGACAGACAGUCUUCCGAAGUCCAACCGUGGCACGCUGCAGAAUCGUUUGUACCAGCGGUUGGUAAAGCUGAGACUUCGGUUGCCUUGGCUGCCAACAGAGGAGCAGCUCAAGAUCUUGAGUUCUCACCGGCGCAUUGCCGACUUCAUGAACAAGCCUGUCUAG